UUUCGCGUUCUCAAUUUGUUUUCUCGCUGUGCCACUUUGAGAAUAAUGAACAAUUGUUAUUGCAGGUUCAGCUGUGGCAAUGAUAGGAGCAAAUCUGCGUUUUGGAAGCAGCAUCGCCAAUGUAACUUCGAAUGCGACCAAAGUGUUUCAGUGCCAUCCUGGGGGAACCGCCGAAGCGGCUUUGAUUUUCGCUCUGGGCACGUUGGGAAUGGCAGCAAAUAUGGCCCUAAUGGGUGUCAUUUUAUCCAACAAACAUCUCAGAAGGUGGUCGCACGGUCUUCUGUUCCACCAAGGAGCUGUAGACUGCGCUAGAGCAGCCCUUCUUCUGCCGCUCGGCACAUCAAUUCUACACUGCCAACCGGUCCACAAAUGCUCACUGGUAGAAACAGCGUUCCUUCUACUGGUUACUGUAGCUACUGUAAAUAUGCUCACCACCGUAUUGAAUGAUUCGCCCGUUUUCCCGGAUGAUGAAGAUGCAGACAGCAUGGAAGCGCCUCUGCUCAUGGACUCACCGCAAUGCGUUCUAUUCGGGACUUCGAUGAUUUGGUUCGCAUCCAUCACAAUCAAUUUGGGACCGACGUUUCUUUCUGGUAAUCAGCGUUGUUUUUUUUCACGUAAAUGUUGCACUUAACAGUCGGAUUUCUAUUGCAGGAGCAUUAGCAGCUCAAGGUGAAGCUGGUCACAAACACCCAUCGUGUCCCUUGAUCUACGGCCCGUUAAGACACUAUAUCUUAAACGCGCUUUGGAUAUUUGUGAAUUUAGUGUGUGUAUUCCUUACUCUGGUCCAUUUGAGAAAACUGCACAGGGACUUAACGAAAGCCAAUGUAGAGGCAGUUAGAGUAGCCGGUCUGAUGACGACCUUAGUUAAUGUCACCGGUGGGUCCAAUCAGAUGAAUUCUAUUAAUCAUAGGACUAGUAACGGAGGCGUAGAAGAGCAAACAAGAAUGCGGGACUAUCUGCGAAAGAUGGAACGAGAUGGUGUACAAAGAGUGAAAAUGUUCUUAGUGAUAACUGCGGCUUACGUCCUAUUCUGGGGCCCCCUGUUUCUGGUUACCCUCAUUAACCAUCCGAUAGUUGGAGGCAACCCUUUAGGGCACGAGAUUACCCUUCACAUAUCUUACAUUCAUGCAAUAGUGAACCCCACGCUAUUUCUCGUGUUGCAUCGGGGGCUGCGCAGGGCCGCCCUGGACGCCUGUUGCGGGUGGGUGGUAGAAUGGUUGGGGCCGCCGCCCAUACCAACGCCGCCCGAUCCGCCCCGAAGGUUUAUUAUUCCCGAAAUAGCCUGUUUAAAGCCGCCCAUGCCCGCCCAUCCCGACAGUGCAAUGGUAAUUAAAUAUUAUAUGUAAGUGGUGUAACAUACGCGAUGCAUGUGUAAUUUUGCUUUUGGUUUCUUAUUAUUAUUAUAAGUUGUUAAUAAUGUCGAAAGAUUAUCG